UUGGUCGGCAAGACGCACGAUCUGAACCUGCACAUACAGGCGGUGAUUGACCUCCUCCCGUCAGUCCUCUCGAUCCUUGGUCCAGUCACUGGCGUGGGUCGCCAGCAUCAUCGUUCCCGGACUGCUGGUAGCCUGACCGACAGCUCGGACGACGAUGGUUGUAGCCUGAUCAGUCGUCAUUUAGCCGAUUCGGAGUUGGAUCGGUUCGAGGAUUCGUCGAUGAUGAGUGGUGAUCGGACCUCGCCACCGAUGUUCGGCCGCAAGAGUGAUGAGGUGGACGACUGGGAAACGGGCCAAGACGGUAUAAAAGUUGGCAGUGGACGAGCCUGGAAGAGCGGAAGGGGGCGAAGGCAAGGCGGAGCUGGCGAAAGGAGCCUGGCCGGCAUUCGAGGCAAUUCUGACUUCCUUCUUCUCUGUCGUGACCAGAUGGCAGAUUGUACUGGCGUCAACUGGCUCAGGCGUCGAUGUAAAAAUAUCCUUGGUAUAGCAGGGGUUUAA